ACGCCUCUGGCGGAAUAUUUCAUAAAGUCUGAAGUAUCAAGAAAAUUUUGCAGGAGUGACAAAAACACUUGUUUUCAUCUAAAAUUCUCGAUUAUUUCGCGAAAAAGGAAAAUUACAUACUUAUUAAAUACACGAAAAUAGGCAUGGAGAGGGAGAAUUACGAGAAAUUUACAUCGGGUGAUUGGAAGAUUGCACAGGAACCAAUAAAGAAUUUUGUUGAUCAGAAUGACCAGAAGUUCCACUUUGUCGAGCUGACGACGAAUGGACAGUGGAAGUGCUUGUGGGAGGCGAUAUUUGCUCACUUGGCUGCACCAGAAGCUGCCCCAAUCCACCGAGAGUGCCUUUCGGUGGUGCGAAUCCUGAGCCGGGACAAGACGUACUUGGACCAGUGCAUCACUGACCAGAAGAUCGACUGUCUGCUGAAUGCGGCGAACAUCGGACCCGAGAGCCACGCGAAUGGCUCUGGUGUGGUCAUCGAGGCGCUCAAGUGCCUGUGCAAUUUGGUGUUCAACAGCAAAAAGUGCCAGGAAAUGUGUCUCAACAAUACGUCAACAAAAGGGAUUGUCGACCGUAUACACUGCCACAAGAAGCACGAGAUUGAGUAUGAAAUCCAGUACUUCGACAUGAAACUCCUCUUCCUCAUCACUGCGCUCAAUCCUCAAGUCCGGAAGAAGGUGCGAGAGGACAAUGGGAUGCUGUGCCUGCUGGAGAAGGUGCAGCAGAUCAUGAAGGAGAAUCAGGAGUGUGAAGCAUUUUUCGAUAAGCAGGUGGAUUUGCUAGGCGAGAUUCUCAAGGUGCUAUUCAAUCUCACUGUUCCCAGCGAAGCGAGCAGUUCUGAGGACGACAAGGAGGAUCCCUUCCGGAGUCUCACAGUGGUGCUGCGGGAACUCUUCUUGCGUCGCGCCACGUCGAAGGAGAAGCAGCACGAUUUGUGGUCAAAUUGUGUGAAUCUGCUCACGAGCGUGCCAUCAGAGUACUUCCCAGAGCUCGCGAUGGACUGCGAGGAGGGCAAGGGCUUCGAGGGACAGGACAUGGCAGUGAUUGACGUCCUGCUGAACUUCCUGCGCCUCCGCCUCGAGUCCAUGCAGAAGGUCUCCACGCAGAACGAGUGUCUCUCGCCCAUUCUCACUGCCCUGGUGAAGUGUGUGCGCUCCAGCAGUCGCCUCCGUCGCUACAUCCGCUCCCAAGUGCUUCCGCCGCUCCGAGAUGUACACAGGCGCCCUGAGGAUGGCACAGAGCUGAGGAACUACCUCUGUCGCCUCCUCACCACGCCCGCCCUGCAGGUGCGCGAUCUCGUGGCGGAGUUCCUGUUCGUGAUGUGCAAGGAGAACGUGGGCAGGAUGAUCAAAUACACGGGAUACGGCAAUGCGGCGGGAAUGUUUGCCAAUCGGGGACUCCUGGGCGGUCACGGCAACCCCGCUGAGGGCUACUCGUCAGACAGCGAGGACAGCGACACGGAGGAGUACAAGGAGCUGCAGCACGGCAUAAAUCCCGUGCUGGGCUGCUACGAGCCGAAGCGGCCUAACAUCUUCGAGGGCAUGACGGAGGAGCAGAAGGAGUACGAGGCGAUGCAGCUGGUGAGUCUGAUGGACAAGCUCCAGCGGCAGGGCAUCAUGCAGCCGGGCAGGAUCGGUCCGGACGGUCGGCCAGUGCCCGUGGAUCACAUCCUGGAGCUCCAGGAGGAGCUGCCGCAGCAGCAGAGCGACCACAAGCGCAAAACUUAAGGCCACAAGUGUGUGUGGUGGCAUUUUCAGAGGGCUGCUCAUGAUGGAUUGCAAAUGUC